AUGUCGCGCGCGGACGACGCCGCCGCGCCGUCGACGAUCGCAUCGAAACCAUCCUUUGACGUCGACUCCGAGAGCGCGUUCGCGCGGACGCUGAGAGAGCACCGAGACGACCUGCUGGUUGUGAAUUACACCGCGAGCUGGUGUAAGCACUGUGAAAAGCUUCGACCGACGCUGGAUGCGUUACGCGCGAGGGGUGAUCGAGGGGUGGUGUACGUGGACGCGGACGUGGACGCGCUCCCGUUCACGGCUCAACACGUGCGGUGGACGCCCACGGUGGCGUUUUAUAGGAAGGGAAGGUUGGUGGACGACGUCCCGAGAGCGCGGCCGCAACAGGUGAGCGAUCGCGUGUGGCUGCACUCGACGAUCGAUCCGGACGAGCGCGGGGGGUGGGGGGUGAUGCGAUGA